GGUCAAUAAAACAUAUUGACUUUUUAUUAUCGAAUCAUCAAUACGGUUGAUUAUGUGAUCUAAUAAAGUCAAACUUUAUAUUUUGAUGCAAUAUUAAAAUGCAAAUUAAAAUGCAAGACAAUGUAUUUGUCAAAUGAUUGUUUGUUUAAACUAUAAAUUAGAGCAGGCAAAAUCAUUCUAGAAUCUAAAAACGUAUGAACGAAAGAUUAUUUUUUUACCCCACUUAUCUUAAAGCAAAUAAUAGCCUAUACAGACUAUUUCUUAUACCAUAUAAAAGUUUAGAAGUUGUAAAAACCCAGACACAUUUGAAAUAAAACGCCUACCAUUUUAUGGUUUAAAAUGUGACAUAUCACCACAAUACUUCGUAUAACUUGUUUUAUAUCAGUUUGAUCGAGAAUUGUGGUCAAAACAGAUUAAAUGACAUGUUAUUCAAAUAUUACAAUUGUUAAAUGGGUUGAAACCUACCUUAAGUACAGAAAUGUUUUUUUUUAUUGUUGACACUGCAAUGUGCCAGCCAGCCAGACCACAAUUUUGGAAAAGUUGUCAUGGCAGCACAAAACUCACACAUUGUCACAUGACCUAACCCAGAUGUUUAACAGAUGUCACUUGGGAACUUUAUGAGUUAAAAGCCAAGAAAAAGCCUUUAAAAGGACCUUUCCAGAUCCUUUGGAUAUUCUAGAUGCAAGCAGAAUAUACUUGUUCUCAGAUGACCCGUCUACUUUACCUUCAAACAUCUUUUAUAUAUUUGAAAAUAUGGGGAAAUAUGGAGAAAAACCGUGUCAGUGGCAUAAUGGACUGGUUUCGUCAGCAUUUUGGAAAACAAAGGAAUGAGUUGGACCAAGGUAACCCAUGUAAAUGCCCUCAGAAGGACCAUUUUGCCUUAAGAAAUUCCAAAAGCUCCUCUGGAAACCACACAUACACCGCUCAUUGUGAAACCAGCUGCUCUGGGGAGUCUAGCGUGUCUUCAGCAUCCUCUUCAUUACCCUCCAAAAAAUCAUCCGUCUCCACCUCAGAAAGCCCUCUGCCCGCUGUUCUCUCCUCAAGCUUCCGUUCAACUCUAAAAUUUGACGUUUGUUUGUGUCACAGCGAUAAAGACAUUGAUCAAGUGCGCAGCCUGGCCUCCUUCCUAGAAGCCCCUUCCAAAGGUCUACGCUGUUACCUGCUGGAAAGGGAUUGUCCACCAGGUGGAGCUGUGUCCACUGAGCUCCUGCAGGCUGUGCAUGACAGCCACUGCUGGGUGUUGCUCAUCACACCCAACUUCCUAAAGGAUGACUGGUGCUUGUACCAGAUGCACCAGGUCCUGUCUGAGGGACCCAUUUCACAGAGGAUCAUCCCCACUGUACUAAAUAUACCCAGAUCUGAGCUCCCACAGGAACUGCGAUUUGUCUUUAGUGUGGAUUUGAACAGGAACAUAGAGGGCGGCUACAACCAAGUGUACAAGACAGUGAUUCAUUAUUUGAAGGACAUGCUUGAGAAGGAAGAGUCCUGCAAUGUCGCAGUCAGAUAGCUGAGAGUCAAAAUGAAGAUGUCUCAGUGUCCAUAUUAAGCUUUAUUAAUAAUUGUAUUAUUAUUCACUUCCAAGAAGUGACAUCCACCAACCAAGUUGUACUGUAACUUUCUGUACACUGUCAAAAAGAAUAAACAAUAUAUGUAUUAUUUUGUUAUUUUUGUUCGAGGUAGGGGUUAUAUUAAGAUAUUUAUAUUGUGUUCCUUGUGAAAUAUAAAGCCAGAUAGAGAAUCGUGAGACAUAGGAUUAAGGUCAACAAAAUCUUUCUGAUUUUAGGUAAUCUUCAGAUUAAGGAAAAUGCUUUCCUCCUACAAACCAUAAAUGGUUUUAGCAAAUCUUUUAAUAACAUGUAAGACUACUGUAUGUCCUCUUAUAUUAAGCAGUGAAGCAGUUCACAAAUAAAAUACAUUCUAAUUGUGUUAUCAGUAUUAUAUGCAAAUUAUAGAUUUUUUUCAAACACACAGGCCAUGAUUUUGGUUUUCUGCCUGUUGUCAUUUGUGCUUGAAUCUGUCCCAUGAAUUGCAGUCAGGUGAUUCAUUGUAGUGUUUUAGUGUCAGAAGUGCCAUUCGCCACAGUAGGAUGUGCCUUGUAAACCAGUGGGACACCUCAAAGAACUUCUGGUCUGACUGCUGAGGUAUGAUUAAAUGUUCUGGGCAAACAAUACUGCAUGUGUCAUAAAUCCCCCUGCAAAUGUGGCUUUAAUAGUGUUUUAAAAAUGCCAAGUCUGAAUUGCUUAAAAAUCCUAAAAUCCAUGUUAUUUUUUUACCCUGAUUUGGAUUGUCAUAUAGAAUACUGCAGAUCGUCGCUGUCCUUCCAAAUCCGCAGAUGAAAAAACAUACUUUUUAAAUGAUUAUGUACUGUGAUGUCAAAGUUGGCAAGCUCUAUUGAAUACUUUUUAUUGCUUAGAUAUUUGCCAAACCAACUGACAAACAAAGGUUGAUUUAAUAAUGAUUUAUGACAAAACCCCCCACAAAAUAUGGAUAUUCAAGGUUUCAGAAGGACAUCAGCGAUAUAUACUUUGUCGUAACUGUCUUGCAGGUACAAAGCUGAAACUGUGCAUUUUUGCAUAAACCGUGCAGAUCUGUGCGAAUUAAAAAGGGAUAAAUUGUUGGAGGAAUAAGAUUAUUUAAAA